AUGUUAAAAAAGUUAAAAAACCAAAAUCUUAUUGAUCUCAUUGGUCGACAUUUACCUAAAAUAAUAGAAAUUAAUAAUAUGGCAUUAGAUGAAUCAAAAUUUGAUGAUGUUUAUAAUCUGAUUAAAGAAGCUUCAGAUCAAAGAGAUUUAGCAACAAUUCUUUAUUAUCAUUCCGAACUUUCCUCAACUUUACAGCCAAAAAUGGGAAAUCAUAGUAUUUAUUUAACAUCAGCUUGUAGAGGAAAUAUCCAACUAACAAAAGAUUUUGUAGAAUGUGGAGCAAAUAUUUAUCAAUGGGAUAUUUGUGAAGAUACUCUAAUCCAUAUUUUUGCCGAGAAUGGAUAUUGUGAUGCCUUAAAAUAUUUUAUGAAAUAUGAACAUGAUAUUAACAAACAAGAUAAAGAUGGAAACACUCCGCUUCAUUUGGCAAUUCUGAAUGAAGAAUAUGAAAUUUGCAAAUAUCUAUGCAAUUACUCAGGCAUUAAUAAGAAGAUCAAAAAUAAUGAGAAAGAAACUCCAUUAGAUAUUGCAAGGCGUCUAAACUUAAAUGACAUCAAAAAGAUGUUAAUAUGA